AUGUCACAUCAUAGUUUCCUCUAUGGAGAAGAUGAUAUGAACAUGCCUAAAGACGAAAAUAUAUUUCGUCAGAAUGUGCCGAAGCACAAAGAAUACAAUUAUGGGUAUAAUGAGCCAAAUUUUAGCCAGUAUCAACAAAACCAUGCACCCUAUCAACUGCAGCUGAUAACACUGAUGCAGAACCAACAAAAUAUAUACCCAUCACUUCCACAUCAAGCAGUGGCAUUAGUAGUGCAGCACCCGCAGCAAAAUAUAACACAACUGAUAGAGCAUCACACUCCACUGCAGCACCAGACAUAUUCGAUGCCUCAAAUAGUCCCACAGCAUAAGCAAGUCCCAUUUCUUCAGAGCCAUUUACCCCCUCCUCCAACUCCUGCUCAGGCAUCUCAAGCUCCUCCGCUUGCCCCGCUGCAACAAUAUGGUCAAUGGCCGCAACAAUUCCAGGUUCCCAUUACAAGUCAUGGAAAUGGUAGUAACGUAUCAUACAUGCAACAACCAUAUCCUCCAAACUCCCAGAGUCAGAGUACUGCCGCCAAUUCCGUUCAAAACUCGAGUACUUAUUUCAAUCAGCCUCGAAUGCAACAAGUACAUCAAAGUCAACCAUCUUCCAAUAGCUCGUACCCUAAUCAAUCAUAUAGAUUUCAACAACCACUGCAACAACCCUCAUUCGGAUAUCCUUCCAACUCGAGCUCUGGGACGUCAUCAAGCUCGAUGGGAUCGCUCAACUCUCUUGGAUAUUUGCCUCCCUCGUAUAGUUCAAGUAGUACUAGCCUCAAAUCGGAUCCUGAUUCGGUAAUGCAAUCGUACUACAAGCCAACUAGAACAAAAAGAAAUUCAAGACCUAGAAUCAACAAGAUUCUUGACGGUAAUACUAAACCAGCUUCAACUUCAAACAGUAACAUUUCUACUCUGAUCCUGAAGUCCUCCUCUGUUGAAAAUAAGCGCAUUGACCUAACUUCCACUUCGCUUUGGGGAGUUUUAGGUGAAGUUGCUAUAGAUGAAAUUAGAGUAUCCUUCGCCAAUGCAAUGAAUAUAAAAGAGCCAUAUUCCUCCCUGUCUGACAAGAAUGUGCCUAAAUUAAAAUUAUCAAACCCAUUGGAGUAUAGGCUUUUUGAUAUUUUUAUUCAUAUGUCUUCGAAGGCAAUGGAUCAUUACUUGGGUCAAAAUAUAUUUCAAGAAAUAGUUGCUGAGCUUGCUCUUUAUGAUGAAACAGAGAUGUUGAUUAACCUGAUAAUAUGCUUAUGUGGUAGUAUAUUAAAUAAAGGUGAUCCUAGCUCACUAAGUAAAGACGUACCUACAAGUCACUAUCAGCGAGCAUUGCUGUCCAUUAGGCAUCAUCUAAGCGAAUCAUCAGGAGAAGAUCCAUUGGAUUUGGAUGGCGCAGCUCUCAAAGAAUACAUAAAGCGAAGGGAUGGACUUAUCAAUAGAUGUCUAGUAAGUACAAUAAUACUUUGCUUGUACGAAUUUGAAAAUAAUAAAACCGAAUGUACACAUAUUAAGGGAGCUACUUCAAUCUUGACGACCAUUUUAAUAAGGCAUAGAGAAGGAACCGAACAAAGUUCCUUUGGUGAAUCUAAUUCCAGUUCAAGCAGUUUACUCUCAACUUCAUAUUUUCAUUCAAUCUGUUUUUGGUCGAUAUUUCAAUUAGAUAUUUUGAUAUCAAUUAGAUAUGGUGUUGCUACUAUGUACUCUUACCUGGAUUAUUGGAAGCGCUAUGACAAAUUAUAUUUCGAAAGUUUUGAAAGAAUUCCGUAUCGAAGCUUGAGUCCAGUUCACGAUUACUUCAAUAGAGAUACUGCAAAUUGGUGGAUGCAAAGAGCAUUUAUAGACUUUUCCCUCAUAAAUGAUUUCAAGAACCUGAGAGAUACUAUGAAACAAGAUCCAAACAUUGGUAUCGAUUUAUUCACUAGUUGGCAUAAACUAAAGAAGAGUGUUGAUGAGUAUGAAUCAAAUUUACCUUUGAAUUUAAAACCGACUAUUUAUCAACCUUGUUCACCUUCAAGGCAUUUUCCAGUCAUAUACUUCAAGGAUGAGAAGACUGCGAUUACUACAAUUAUAUAUAAAGUAUCAAGAAUUUUAUUGUAUGAAAGCUUGGUUUUAAAUGCUGAUAAGAGUGAACUUAUGAGGCAGGAGUUGGCUAAAUUCUCUCCUGGAUACAUACAGAAGGUGAUAAAGGAUGCUUGUGGGAUUAUUAAAACUUAUGGAAAUGAUUUCACACUUUGGCCCAUUGGCACAAACAUAGUUGAUGAUUUUAGAAAUUAUUUCAAGGCAGAACCUGAGUGUGCAAAGCAAUUUGAGCAUAUUUUGGCACAGGUGAGGGCUGCUGAGCGAAGACAAUAUUGGAGAGUUACAGAAGAGGCAAAAGAAUCCUAA